AUGGCCACAUAUAUCAACUAUGGUGAGGGAGAAGAUGAUGCUAUUGUGCAGGGUGCCGAGUGGCUGCAAAGACUCUUGCUACAGCAGCAAGGGCAAGAAGCAGAGAGAGCAUUCACUGAGAGAUUCAAGAAAGACUUCAAGGAUGCUCAAGAAACGAGCAAGAGGUACGACUAUGGUCCAGUCUUCGAUUUGCUUGUUGAGCAUAGCAAGACUUUGUUCUCAGCCAUUCCAGAGAAUAAGCCAGAGGAGCGGCUGAAGGAAAUUGAGAGCUUCUUUGCCCUGAUUUUGAGCAUGCUGCUCCUGUUGGAGGAUGCUAGCCAUUUGGACAGAGCCACCACGCAACUAUGUGAUCUGUUCAGCGCGGACACUGAGCAGCAGCCUGAGCUGCGAUUACGACUGCUCAUGAUGCUGUACAACACCUUCAACAACCCAGCGGUUGAGUUCAGGUACCGAGUUUUCAAGUACACUUUGGACUUUGCAGCUAGGGCCGACAUGUUCGACCAGGUUCUUCCCUACCUUGACUACUUGGAGUCUUGGAUGGCUGAUUGGGAUGCCUACCUGAAGAUGGAGGACAAGCGGGAACUGUAUGCAGACAUCUCCAAGUACAUGAGGACAUAUGGAAAGAAACAGGAGGCCUUCCAGUACUUGAAGAUGUAUCAUAGCCUUUUUCAGGGUGAGGCCACCGAUGCGUUGACCAAACCCGAGGUUGCAGACCAGACGAUUCAGCUCAUCAAGGAUGCCAUUACCCUUCCUGUGAACAUUCAAUUUGAUGACCUCCUGAUAUUGGACAGUGUGAAGGCCUUGAAGAGCACCAAACAGGGUGCCUUAGUGACACUGUGUGAGGUCUUCCUCUCUGGGACUGUGGAUGAUCUCAAGGAGUUUCAGAAAAAGCAUGGAAAGACUUUUGAUGAGCAUGGUCUCAACUUCCAGGAAGCCAUGUCCAAGAUUCGCCUCUUGACCUUGGCCACAAUGGCCAGAGGACAGUGUGAAUUGCCUUUGGAUGAAAUUGCCAAGCAGAUUCAGGAGAGCCCCAGUGGUGUAGAGCCUUGGGUCGUCCGUGCCAUCUCGGAGGGGGUCAUCGAUGGGCGCAUCGACCAGUUGAACCGGAAGGUGCUCGUGAAAUCCGCCUUCCUGCGAAAAUUUGAGAAGGAGGAGUGGAACUUUCUCGACUCCAAGCUCUCUCAAUGGAUUGACAACUUGGAAGAGGUGAUCAAGUUCCUCGGCGAGCAGAAGAUUAAGACCGAGGAUCCUCGAUUGCCUGUAGAAAAGGCAUGA